UCUCUGGCAAAUAUAUAUGAAGUGUGCCUGCAGACCGAAGCCUUCCACAAAGCAAACACAGCAGCCUCCCCGCAGGUAACAUCGAGACCAACUUAGAAGAAAACCAAUUGGAGAGAGAGAGAGAAAGAGAGAAGAAUGGGGAGAGCUCCAUGCUGUGACAAGGCAAAUGUGAAGAAAGGGCCCUGGUCACCUGAGGAAGAUGCUAAGCUCAAGGAGUUCAUAGACAAACAUGGCACUGGAGGCAACUGGAUUGCUCUCCCUCAAAAAGCUGGCCUUAGGAGAUGUGGGAAAAGCUGCCGCUUGAGAUGGCUAAACUAUUUGAGACCAAACAUAAAGCAUGGAGAGUUCACAGAUGAAGAAGACAGAAUUAUCUGCACCCUCUAUGCUACAAUUGGAAGCAGGUGGUCGAUAAUAGCUGCUCAGUUGCCAGGCAGAACCGACAACGACAUCAAGAACUACUGGAACACCAAGCUCAAGAAGAAGCUCGCGGGCUUACCCUCGUUUCCUCACCACCCAUCUCUCCAGCAGAGAACGCAACAAAACCCCAUCAUCGCUAGCUUCGCAUCACAUGCUAACUCUCAUGCUCAUGCUCAUCCUCUCCUCUCUUCUUCUUCAACCCCACCACCAUCAUCAUCCUUGUCACCGCCGUCACAGUCCUCCCUCUCCAACAGCAACUACUUCACCUCCCUCGCAGGCCUGGAACAGUCCAUCUCCUAUUAUUCUUCAAGCCCUAAUCUUCAGCAACAAGAGAGCUUCUUGGGCUCCAUGAGGCAGUAUGAAGCUAGCUGUUGCAGCUCCUCUGAUGGGAGUAGCAGCAGCAACAACAACAACAACCAAAUCUGCAGUCUUGGGAAGGAGAGAGACUACUAUGACUUCUCAGUGUGCGGAAAUGGCCCUGGUGAUCAUCAUCACAUGAGUUUUCAAAGAAGUUUCUGUUCUGGGGUCGAUGAUGAUGGUCAAAAACUUGUGCUUGGAAGUGUUGGUGGGUGGAGUCAAGAGAAACAAAGCUGUGAUCAGACAUGGGUCGCCGAAAAUCCUUCGGAUUAUGCAGGGCUUGAAGAGAUCAAGCAGCUCAUUAGCAGUGCCAGUAAUUGCUCAAGUAAUAAUAACAACAGCUUCUUUUUGUAUGAGGGCAAGAGUGAUCCUGAAGGAGCGGUGAUGUACUACUGAUAUGAUGAUGAUUGACUGUCAAUGAGCGUAAAAUAACACAGAUUUGGGAAGUAGUAUGGUAAAGAGAUUUGUUGUUUAUGUUCGAAAUAUUCAGAUUUUGUUUGUUUCUUCGGAAACGAACACGUUGACUGUACAUGGCGAAAGUUUGUUUUUCCUUAGAGGACCAUUUUGCUUUUUCUGGGAAA